CAGACCGCAGCUCUCACCAGCAGCGGUGCAUGUGCAGCAGCAGCCGGGGGCCGGAGCCGGAGCCGGGGCAGGGAGACCCAGGAGCCGGGCUGAGACCCAGGAGCCAGGCUGAGCCUUAGGGGCCGUGGAGAGCCACCCAGGGGCCGCAGGAACCGGGCGGACCGCAGCGGAAUGAGGCCAGCAUCCACCCCGGACCCGCGCACGCUUUAGGGUCGUGUUUAUGAGCUGGCAGACAUAUGGGCAGGAAGAAGUAAAAGCAUCGGUUCAGGCCUCCAGCUGACCUCUGGGCCACGUCGGCGGGGCGGCGGUGGCGUUUGCGUGAGCGAGGGGGGAUGAAGUCCAGCAUGAGGCAGUGGUGGCGGCUGGUGCUGGCCGCCAUGCUGGCCUGGGUGCUCCUCUUCCUCGCCCUCCUCUCGUACUUCCUGGACGCCCGCGUGGACGAGCCGCUCACCUCGGCCGGCUCGCUGCUCUCGCAGCAUCCCGACACCCGCCGGCUGGCGUCCAUCCAGGCGUCGCACCAGCGGCACGCCGCGCUGGGCUCCCGCUUCCAGCAGGCCUUCCCGCUGACGGCGGCGUACCGCCCGGAGCCGUCCGCCAGCGCCGCCGCCUCGGAGGCCGCUAGCGUGGAGGCGAGCCACGGCCCCGACGGCGCCUACGUGGCCUACGGCAGCCAGGAGGCCGUAGGCCGCCGUGACUACCUGGACCCGCAGAGCCUCGCCGCCUGGUCCUCCUUCGGCACCGAGAACGUGGGCUCCCACUCGGACCCCGGAGUGCGGAGCCGCGAGAGAACUUUCCAGGGGUCGGAGUAUCAAAACCAGGCCGGCGACGAGGACGACGACGCGCGGGAGAACGAGGAUGAGGAGCCGGAUAAUGUGAGGACUAUGGCGGAAGGGCGGAGGGCCGGGGGCGACUCCAGCGACCCGGAGGACCGGUACUUCUCCCGGUCGGGCCUGCGGCUGUGGCGCGGCCGGGUCUCGGCCGGCAUGCUAAGCCCGCGGCUGCAGCGCGCCAUGAAGGACUACAUGAACGCCAACAAGCACCACGUGUCGUACAGCGGGCGCCGCAGCGCCAGCCAGAGCGCCCGGGAGCUGCUGUGCCAGAUGAAGGCCCAGGCCCGGCUCAGGACGGUGGACGGGUCGGAGCAGCCCUUCUCCCGGCUCGGCUGGGACGGGGUCGUGCCGCCGGUGCCGCUGGAGCGCGUGCACGGACGGCGGGAACGGAGCAGCUUCCAGACCUGUGCCGUGGUCACGUCGGCCGGCGCCAUCCUGCGCUCGGGGCUGGGGAGAGAGAUCGACUCCCAUGAUGCAGUUCUGCGGUUCAACGCUGCACCGACUGACGGCUACGAGCGCGACGUGGGGAACAAAACCAGCAUACGCAUCAUCAACUCCCAGAUUCUGGCGAACCCCAGACACCGGUUCAACACCAGCUCCAUCUACAAGAACGUGACCCUGGUGGCCUGGGACCCGGCGCCGUACGCCGUGGACCUGCACAAGUGGUACACCAGCCCGGACUACAACCUGUUCGGCCCGUACGUGCAGCACCGGAAACUCCACCCCGACCAGCCCUUCUACAUCCUCCACCCCGGCUACGUGUGGCGUCUGUGGGACGUGAUCCAGGCCAACACCCAGGAGAACAUCCAGCCCAACCCGCCCUCGUCCGGGUUCAUAGGCAUCCUCCUGAUGAUGGCGCUGUGCGAGCAGGUGCACGUGUACGAGUACAUCCCGUCCAAGCGGCAGACGGACCUGUGCCACUACCACGAGCACUACUACGACGCGGCGUGCACGCUGGGCGCCUACCACCCGCUGCUCUACGAGAAGAGCCUGAUCCAGCGCAUCAACGCCGGCCCCGAGGCCGAGCUCUGGGAGAAGGGCAGGGUCACCCUGCCGGGCUUCAGCACCGUCGACUGUGCCGUCUGAGACACCAGAUCCAGCCUCGCCCACACACACACACACUCACACACACUCCGAGGGAGAGGUGCAAUAAAGCCGCUGCAGACCAGGAGGCUGGAGCUGGACCCACGCAGAGCAUAAGCCAUAGCUCCCACCGCCCCCCCGGGGGGGAAUCAGCGGCCAGGUUUCAUCGUCUGAGAGCUGGGGAAAUAAAAAUAAAU